UAUCACAGCCGAACAAUGAGAUAAAUGACUGGAAAUGUAAUGGACAUCAACCUCAUAAGUCGCCGUCAUGCGUGGGACAAGUUCAUAACCUCUGCUGGGAUCCAUGGGAGGAGCUCCGGGAUGCCGAGGCUGCUAAUGGAUUGCUGGAAAGUUCAUACGCGCGUGAAUGCGGGAACGUUUGGAAUAUUUUUUAUUUUUUUUAUCUUGGAGCGCUACUUUGAACGUGGUCACAAAGGUUUAAUGGGAGGUUCUUUAAUUUAAUUUAAGGUUUUGGAUGAAACUGAUGUGUUAGAGUCUUUCCAGGUGGCUGCAAGUGGAUUUUACGCGAGGACCCGUUUGACUUGACACGGAUGUGACCUUCAACAGAGACUGAAAUACAUGGAGAAGUAAAAGAAAUUUAUAUAUAUAUAAUUAUAUAAAAGUAAGAAUAAAGGCCUGUUUUCAUCCUCAUAGGGGAAAGCGUGAUUGAAAAGACCCUUAAUCCCUCUCACCAUGGAGCACUCCCCGUCUAUGAACCUGUCAGUGGUGGAUGGAGACGAGGUGGAGGACCACCGCCCCCUCCUCCCGCCACGAAUGCUUCCUCCGGCUCAGGCCUGCUCGCCCCAGUGUGGGAUACACCACACGGUCCAGGCGCCCGUGGAUCACACCGUGUGGAUGGACAGAACCCAGGCCAUGGCCACCACCCCUCUGUACAACGGCCACCUGUACGUAUCGCCCUCCCCGCGCUCGGCCAGGAGGGGAGACAAGCCCAAAGGCAAAGAGAGGAAAUGCGAGAAAAAGUCGGCGGGGAGCAGACACGCCCCGGCGCACAGGGAACGGAACCAGCCGUGCAAAGCCAGGAACGCGGGGCCGCACAGACUCCAGGAGAGGGUCACGUCGUUCACCGACGUGUCCGUUUCUCCCCGCGGGUCACCCUUCAAGAGUCCCAGCAGGUCCCACCUGGGCGUCAGGGACGCCGAGGGGCGGGCGCGUCGCAAGUUGGGCAACGUCUCCUUGGAGAUGCACAGCCGCCACAGCCUCCCAGAGAUCAUUGUCACCAGUAGGGACGACCACCUCCAGCAGCAGCACGCGGAGGCGUCCCAGCAUCGGCAGGAGCGGUGCGAGGGCGCGGGCCUGCUGCCGGGGGCCGAGCGUCCCGGUCCGAGCCCCAGCCCCGGCCCCAGCCCCGGCCCGAGCCCUCAGCGCGGCCACAAAAAGAAGAAGGACGCCAAGGACGACGAGUACAAAAAGACCCACAACAUGGGCUGGCGGCUGGUCCACAGGAGGGCCCUGUUCCUGAGGAGGCAGCGGCUGAACGACUGCGCCCUGGCUGUGGGCCUGUUCGGGGUGGUGUUGAUGGUGAUGGAGACGGAGCUCUCCUGGAGCAUCUACAGCAAGAGCUCCAUCUACUCCAUCGUGCUCAAGUCCGUCAUCAGUUUCUCCACUGUCCUCCUGCUCGGCCUCAUCGUAGCGUACCACUGCUGCGAGGUGCAGCUCUACGUUCACGACAUCGGUGCAGAAGACUGGCGCAUUGCCAUGACGACGGACCGCUUGGCUCUGAUCGUCCUGGAGCUGGCGGCGGCGGCCAUUCAUCCUUAUCCAGUGGGCGUGCUGGCGUACUUCCAGCAGACCAAGGCCCGCCUGUCGCUCUCCGAGACGGAGCUGGAGAUCAUCCUGGCUCUGCCCAUGUUCCUGAGGCUCUACCUGCUUGGCCGGGCCAUGAUGCUGCACAGCCGCCUCUUCACCGACACGGCCUCCCGCAGCAUCGGGGCGCUGAACAAGAUACACUUCAACACGCGCUUUGUGGGGAAAACGCUGAUGACGACCUACCCCGGCACGGUGCUGAUGAUUUUCAGCGUCUCUCUGUGGAUUGUGGCCGCGUGGGGCUUGCACGUCUGUGAGAGACACCACAACUACAGGGACCUGAGCAGCAACUACAUGGAGGCCUUGUGGAUGGUGUCCGUCACCUUCUUGUCCAUCGGUUACGGAGACGUGGUCCCACACACCUACUGCGGACGCAGCAUCUGCCUCCUCACGGGGAUAAUGGGAGCCGGCUGCACGGUCUUGGUGGUGGCGGUGGUCGCCAGGAAGCUGGAGCUGACCAGGGCAGAGAAGCACGUUCACAACUUCAUGAUGGACUCCCACAUAUCCAAGAGGAUAAAAAUUGCUGCCGCAAAUGUGCUGAGAGAGACUUGGCUCAUCUACAAGCACACUAAGCUGUCAAGAGAAAGAGAUGACACCAGAGUCCGCAUGCACCAGAGGAAGCUCCUCCUGGCCAUCCACGAGCUGCGGAGAGUGAAGAUGGAAAAGAGGAUCCUUGCAGAUCAGGCGAGCACACUCGUUGACCUCUGCAAGGUGAGAGAGAUGCAGAGCCUGAUGUACGACGUGCUGGCGGAGGUGCAGGGCUGCAGGGGGGAGCUGGACUCGCACAUCCACAGCCUGGAGAAGCACGUGGUGGAGCUGAGGGAGGGCUUCAGGAGCCUGAUGCCGCUCCUCUCCAGCACCCUGUCCACGCAGAACUCCUCCAUCCGCCACCUCCUCCGGGAGAGGGAGGGGAAGACGGAGGCCGCCGGCGCGAGCGGAGCGGACGGGCUAAGAGACUGAGGGAAGAUGUUUUCUGCCCGUGAGGCAGCUGAAAUGAGAACUGGUGGACUCUGCUCUUACAGAAGGGGGAAGAUUGUGCAGAUCUGUGUAAAAUUGUUUUAAACAGGCUUUUUCUCAUAGCAGGAAUAAUCAUAAAACCAAAACCA